UGCACCACGCAGUUGACAUGCAGUAUUCGUCAAUGGUCUGUAAAACGCCAAGAAACGAUUGAAACAUUGCGAAGCCUGGCAGAUGAACUUAUGGAACAUUACAAGAAUGUUCACAUUGCCAAGAUCUCGGGCUCAUCAGCAUCAAUCGGAGGCUUUGUUUUAGCCGCUACGGGGUUCGGUCUCGCUGCUGUCAGUCUUGGGACUUCACUGAUUCUAUCUGCGGUUGGAGGAGCGAUCUGCGCCGGCGGAGGCGCUACUGUGGCUGGUUCCAGCAUUGUACAAUCGAAAAUUUUCAAAACAAAGCUCGCGACGGCGCAAGAAAUCAUCGACGCCGAUCGCAAAGCACAGGAACCUGUGCAGAGGCUUUUAGAUGACCUUUGUCGUGAAGUAUCUAAAGAAUCGUUUAGCAGCGUGAAAAAUAGUCUCGCUUGUAAUGUAAGCGUCGCCUUGUUGGUGAAAAACCUCGUCGAUGUGAGUAACGGAAUAAACAUGACCGGCGCUAGUGUGGCAACGACAGUGGCAAGUGAGGGUAUGGAUGGAAUACUCCGAUCUAUAGGUAUAGCUGGAAACACCGCUCGGAUUGGAAUAUUCGCAGUGAGCAUUGCACUUCUCCCUUUGGACAUUUACCCUAUGGUAACUUCCUUUACGGAGAUUGACUCCGUUCGAAAAGGAAAGAAAGAGAAGGAGCCAGAGGCGGUUAAAAAGUUAAGAGAGCUGGCAGAUGAUUUGGAGAAGGAAAUGAACGAGAUACUUCAAGCUGUCGAAGAAUUCCAGCGAAAAAAACCUCUAUGACUUUUAUUUGAGGAAAAAUAUAAACAUUACAACGCAAAGGCAAAUCUCGUGCCAGCGGCCUUUAUAGUUGGUACGGUCGUAAAGCUUACGUUAAACAUCAACCGACACAAUUUUGUAAUUCGUCGGUUUAUUGCUCGAGGAUUUUUCAAUCUGGCGCCAUUAGAAGAUAGGAAAAAUAGAAAAUGAUGAACAACUGAUAAAACAGUAGAUUGCGAGAUGAUUUGGCUUUCGUCGAUGGAAUCGAUUCAUUAACGAAACAAAAAAUUACGAUCAUACAAUUUACAUUUUCGACUGAAGGGCACCAGUAGUUGUCACGUUGCUGCGGUAACCAAUGCAAAAGGGAAGAAUUUACGGCUAAAAGAAUAACUGCGAUUUCGUGAGGGCAAAAUGAAAGGAUUCGUUUGUGGAUAAUCUAUUUAUUAAUUGUUAAGAAACAAAAAGUGCGAGUGUUUUAGUAUUUAGAUCUAUCAAUUCACCUAUCCCUGAUUACCACCUGUUUGAACGUCAUGUUUUAACAUGCAUGAGUGGUAGAACUGUCACUCAGUCGGCUACCUGCCUAGCGAUUUUUGGGUCAUUACAAUUUCAGAUUAACCACUCCCGGCCAAAACUCAUCUCCAAAAUAGCGACUGGAAAU